UAUUUCAGAACAGAAUGGGGAAAAUUAUGAAGACGGGGAAGGUGGUUCUGCUCCUGUCCGGCAGGUAUGCCGGUAGGAAGGCCGUUGUCGUAAGGCCUAGUGACGACGGAACCAGCGAUAAACCCUUCUCUCACGCACUAGUUGCUGGCAUCGACAGGUACCCACGUAAGGUCACCAAGAAGAUGAACAAGAAGAAGAUCCAGAGGAGAUCCGUUAUCAAGCCUUUCCUCAAGGUCGUAAACUACAAUCAUUUGAUGCCUACCAGGUACUCUGUCGAGAUCACUUUCGACAAAGCUAACCUCAACAAGGAGACCCUCAAGGACCCCAUGAAGAAGAAGAAGGCACGUAACAUGGUUCGCACCAAGUUCGAGGAGAAGUACAAGACCGGCAAGAACAGAUGGUUCUUCCAGAAGCUCAGAUUCUAAGCCCCAAUUCGUCUUAAUCUCCUAAAUUACAUCAUACAGGAACUAAGCGUAACCAUAUACUGUUUUCAGA